CACACACACACACACACUGCCGCGCGUGUCUUUGCAGUGCGGUGACGGAGCUCCUUCAGCACCAUGACUGACGCUCCGUGGAUUACUACCUUCACUGGAUUAUAACCCUACAGAAAGGAGAGAUAGAGAAAGAGAGAGAGGGAGAAAGAGUGGAAAAAACACGCGAGGGGACCAUGGCGGAGAGGUUGGAAUGGGUGGAGAUCAUCGAACCUCGCACACGCGAGCGCAUGUACGCCAACCUGCUGACGGGCGAGUGUGUGUGGGACGCUCCGGCUGGUGUGCACAUCAAGCGCAGCGGCCCAGACCAGUGGUGGGAACUGUUCGACUCGAACACCUCACGCUUCUACUAUUACAAUGCCUCUACCCAGCGCACUGUCUGGCACCGCCCACACGGAUGCGACAUCAUUCCCCUCGCCAAGCUCCAGACGCUCAAGCAGAACACAGACACGCCGAUUCCUGUAGCUUCGGUGAUCAGUGGAUCGGCCGACAGCAGCCCGGCUCGCAGCGCUGUCAGCACCACGUCUUCACAAGAGCAGGAGGAGAAAUCAGCACCCAAAGAGGAAGGAGAGAGUUUCAAAUGGGGGACAACAAGUAAGGACAGGAUGUUGAUUAAAGUAUCUGACCGAGAGCCCAGUUUCCUGUCACAGGGCAAUGGAUAUUCCAGCUCCUCUCCACGUUCCAGACGCUCGUCUAGCAACACCCUUCCUGAGGCAGAAACCACUCCCCAUGCUUUGCCCGAUCGUCGCCAAUCACAAUCGCCCUUUCUGAAGAGAGCCGACUUUGGAGGGACUCAGCGACGUUGUUCGGGCGACUCUCAGCCUCCUUCGCCACGCUAUGCUUACGAACCCCCACUAUAUGAGGAGCCUCCUUCUGAAUAUCAGUCGCCACCCAUUUACGAAGAACCACCCACUGAUAUGCAUUGUGACCCUGGCCUUUACGCCUCAGAUAGGUCACCGGCACGCAAGCCUGGCCUUUACCAUUCUCCUAAACAGAGCCCGUCACCUUAUGGUCAGCUGGUGUUGACCAGACAAAGAGGCUCCACACCUGAGAAGAUCUCCAACCAGGCAGAGCGGGACUACGGUUUUAGUGGGCGGGAUUAUAGUUCUGCAGGGCGGGACUAUAGCUCCGGUGGACGGGACUACAGCUCCGGUGGGCGUGAUUACAGCUCGGGUGGGCGGGAGUACAGCGCAGCGGGGCGGGAAUAUGUCAAGCAGCUUGUGUAUGUAGACCAGUCAGGCUCCUCCCCCAGGUUCCGGACAACAGAUCGAUUUUUAAGCUAUGGAAAGGCUGCGCUACCUGCCGGAAUGUGUUAUGGUGGCUCUUUUACACUGCAGUACAGCCAUGAUGGUGGUGGCGGGAACAGAAAACGUAAAAAUCGCAAGCCCUCCUUGCCUGGUGGAGAAGGAGAGGGUAUUGGGGCAGGUGUAGGGGCGGUACUCACACAAGCACGACUCGCCUGGGAAGCUCAGCAGCUCAUGCAACAGCGUGGAGGUGGUUCCUUGGGCGGCAGUGCUAAGGAUGGUUAUGAAAGUGAUGGUGCGACACCCUUGCCACUGCCAGGACCUGUGGUGAGGGCAUUCAGCGAAGACGAAGCUCUGGCCCAGCAGGAUGGCCACUGGAAACGUAACACAUUAGACAGACUUGCAUUUCCUCAAACGCUUCUAGAGAAGAGUCUGUCUGUACAAACCAACCUGGCAUCACCAGAGCCUUACCUGCAUCCCUCACAGUCGGAAGAUCUUGGUGCGUGCUCCCAGUUCGAGGCGAGUCGGAAUGCCCGGAACAUGAUGCCCAGUGCUAGUUGUGGUGUGUUCCCAGAAUUCUCUCUGCGAAAGCCCUCUUCUGAGACUGACAUCGAGAACUGGGCGUCUAAGCAUUUCAGUAAACACACACAGGGUCUGUUUAGAAGGAAGGUAUCUAUCGCGAACAUGUUGGCCUGGAGCAGCGAGCCCAUCAAAAAGCCCAUGAUCCAUACUAUGGACCGUACGGUUAAGCGCGAAGCUGUGGAGCUCUUUAAGCACAUCCAGACUUACAUGGGGGACAGAAAGGGCAAAGGUGAACCUCUGGCUGUUGCUCUGGAGAUUGCAGUUCAUGGCUGGAGCAACCAAGGACUCCGCGACGAGCUGUACAUUCAGCUCUGCCGGCAGACCACAGAGAACUUCCGCUAUGACAGCUUACAGAGGGGUUGGGAGCUAAUGGCCAUCUGUCUGGCCUUCUUUCCUCCUACACCACGCUUCCAUAACUACCUGGAAGGUUACAUUUACAGACACAUUGAUCCACUGAACGACACCAAAGGAGUGGCUGUCAGCAGCUAUGCGAAAUACUGCUACCGAAAAUUACAGAAAGCUGCAUUGACUGGAGCGAAAAAGGGUUUGAAAAAGCCAUCUCUUGAAGAGAUUGCAUAUGCUCGGAAUGCCAUUUUUAGCCCCUCUAUGUUCGGCUCUGCCCUGGAAGAAGUGAUGGCGAUGCAGAAGGAGCGCUACCCUGACCGACAGCUGCCAUGGGUACAGACCCGUCUGUCAGAGGAAGUAUUAGGCUUAAACGGAGACCAAACUGAGGGCAUUUUCAGGGUGCCUGGAGAUAUAGACGAGGUAAAUGCUCUGAAGUUGCAAGUGGAUCAAUGGAAGGUGCCAACUGGCUUGGAGGAUCCACACAUUCCAGCAUCAUUGCUGAAGCUGUGGUAUAGAGAGUUGGAGGAUCCAGUCAUUCCCCAUGAGUACUAUGAAGAAUGCAUCUCUAACUAUGACAGUCCUGAAGCUGCUGUCAGUGUCAUCCAUAACCUUCCUCACAUCAACAAACUGGUGCUCUGCUACCUCAUCCGUUUCUUACAGGUUUUUGCUCAGCCGGCCAAUGUGGCUAUCACGAAAAUGGACGUGAGUAACUUGGCGAUGGUGAUGGCCCCAAACUGCCUGCGAUGUCUCUCCGACGACCCGCGCAUCAUUUUCGAGAACACCCGCAAAGAGAUGAGCUUCAUCCGGGUGCUCAUUCAGCACCUCGAUACUAGCUUCAUGGAUGGGAUUCUAUAGUCCUUACAUAUACACACACACACACCCACACACAUAUACAUAUACAUACAUACACACACACACACACAAAAAGGCACACACAUAUAUAUAUAUAUCAUUCCCCACCCACACACACACACACACACACACACACACACACACACACACACAGAUUACGCAACCAUUUAAAACCCAUUUCAUGGACAAGGUGAAGUCUGUAUAGUCAGCUGUAGAACAAAAGGCAUGAACCCUACUUACUGCACACACACACACACAAAAGCACAAAUGGAAUCCGUUUUUACGUACAAACCCAUACACACACACACACACACACACACACACACACACACUAUCAAAGAAUUACACAUACAUUCCAUUUUAGCCCCUUUUUAUAAUUUCUAAUUGUUCGAUUGGAGAUGUGGAUGUAUAAAAGGUGUUUGUGUCUGUUUGUUUUGCGUGCGUGUGUGUGUGUGUGUGUGUGUGUGUGUGUGUGUGUGUGAGAGAGAGAGACUUAUCUAGCUGUCGAUAACAGUCUACUUGAUUUUAUAUAAUUAAUUUAUUAUUUUCUAUUUAUUUUAACAGGUGUUUAUAACUACUGCCUUUUAAAACAAAUUGUCGAGCCUGAGUGUGACGGUAUGCGUGCGUGCGAGCGAGCGUGUACGAACAUUAUAUUCCCUUUUAAUGUAGUUUUCUUUAAUAGAAAUCGUCUCUGACACUCACACGAUCAUAAUCAUAUUUACUCAUACUGUACUCAGCCUCAGACACACCAAAACACACACCGAAAACACCCAUAAAGAGUAGGCCUGGUGCUUUAAAUAACGAUACAACACACAACCUGCACUACACCCUCACAUCCCUUCAGGAGAAAUAAAAAAAACGAGUGAAAGAGAAGGAUGGAUGAUGGAGGGAGAGGCAAAAGGAUUAAGGCAGACAAAACAGAUUUAUUUUUUUGGGGGUGGGUUUCUUCACUUUUCUGCACAUGGAAUGUCAUGCAAUUAUCUUCAUUUAUAUCAUCGCGAAAUAUAUAUUGAAAAAAAAAAGAGAUAAAAAAAAAAAAGAGAUUAAAAAAAUCCAUAAAAGUACACAUGAAGUAUGGAAUAAAAAAAUAGCGAAACAAAAAAUGAAUAAAAAUAAAUAAUGCUUAGGUUUGCUUCUCAGUUUACUACAAAAAAAGAAAGAAGUUGAACUGAAUCGUGUUUAAUUAAGAACGAUCGGAAUUGAAAAAAUAAUAAAUAAAUAAAUAGAACACUAGGCAGAUCACUAUGAAAAACAUACUCAGAGAAGUAUGCUAAAAUGAACGAAAUGAACUAACACACACACACACACACACACACACACACACACACACACACACACACACACACACAUAUAUAUAUAUAUAUAUAUAUAUGUAUAUAUAGACACACACAACUUACCUGGGACCCAGUCAGGAAAGACGAAGAUCACUAGUCUGCUCACACACAGGUCUGUCUUGCAUUAUUGCUUUUCUUGUUCAUGAAAUCAGGGUGAAAAUCCCCUCUCCCUCCUUUUGGUCUGAGAUCUGAUGGUAUGGUGACUCUGUAAGCUAGGGUAAGUCUGUCUGAACG